UCGGAAGCCUAUGACAGACAGUACUUUAUUGUGUUAACACUUGUGUCAGCGAAAUGUUCAAGAAAUUCCUUUGUUUGUGUCUGCUAAUUGGCGCUUUCGCUGUGUUCAACGAAUUGCCCAGCGCCAGUGCUUUACCAAAAGACGACGAAGAUAAAGAGCCAAAUUCGAUAGAGGAACCUGCAGAUGAAGAAGUUGGUGAGGAGGAUGAGGAGCCAGAAGCACCUGCUGAAGAAGACUCAGAAGAAGAUCUUCCCUUAGAUGAAGAGUCGGACGAAGCAGAGAGUGAAUCACCGCUAUCAUGUGAAUAAUGAUGAAGCUACUUAACGGACAAAGCAGUUAUAUGAAAAGUGGAUCUUGAAAUUUAUAAGUAGUAGAAAUAUGUUUUAUGUAUCUAAAAUAAGUAAAAUUUGACAAAGGAUAUUUUUUUUAUAAAACUGAAGAGCUUGACCCAAAUACAUGACAACAAUACCCGCUCAAGUUAA